GAUUGCGAAAAUGGCUUGUGCGGAAUAAUUACUUGUAUCAAACGCAUUGUCAGAUGAAGCUGUAGGGUAUACUGAAAGUGUGCAAAGAUCGGUCGUGUGAUUCGCAAGUGGGUGCGAUAACGCCGAAUUUGGUUGCUCGAUACAGAUAACAAACAGGCUGUACUUUGGACUGCAAGGUUUCAUCCCUGGACACAACAGCACGUGGAACGAUAUUCGAAGAUGGUAGUGUCUCCAGCAAAAUGACACUUCACCGUGGUGGCAAAAUGACACUUCACAGUUCGAAGUUGCCAAGUGGUAUUGCCAAGAUGAGGACCUCAAGCGGCGUAGCUUCUCUAAUAUUAUUUCUGGCAUGUGGACUUACACUUUCGGCUAAGCAUAGUUCAAUACAGCGGCAUCAAAAGUUUUGCCACGGACCGAAACCCCGCGAUAAUUGCACUUGUUAUAUAAAAGGACAGAAACAGAAGUACCCAGAUGGCAAGGAAUGUUACGUAAAAUCCAGUGGAUAUAAUCACGAGUUGGACUAUAAGGAAGGCAAAUGCAAGACUGGGGAAUGCCAAUAUAUCAACAUUUCACACGGUUGUAAACACGUCGACGAGGAACAAAAAAAGCGGAUGAAGCUUGGUGAUCAAGUUGGGUGUGCCUUUACGUGUUACAAUCGAGAGACAAAGACAAAAGAGUUUGCUUACUACUACGAAGGUGCCCCGUGCCUCCAUGCCGUUGGUCCAGGGAAUUACACUAAGGGUACGUGUGUGAAAGCAGAGGAUAAAAUGAUUUGCCAUCCAAUAAAAGCCCCACUUUCUUGUUAGGCAACAUGAACUCUCUAAA